UUUUAGAUUGUUUCAAGUUUGGGUUAUGGUUAAGAGAUUUUAUUUUUACGAAUUGGAUCCUCUAUCUCCUCAAUUGAUUUUAGGGUUUAUUGUAGAAAUUCAGUUCUUCUCAGAUUAGCUUCGAUUAGGGUAAUUUCUGUAGUGUGUUUGUGUUUGGAUCGUAGAGUUUUCUUCCACAAAUUUGUUUUAGGUUGAUUGGGAUUUGAGGUUUUUGGAUCGUAGCUGAGGUGAUUGAUCAAAGAGUCCUACUUGGAGUUUAUAGAUGCUAUAUACGGUUUAGAUAGUAUCUUCUUUUGUGUUCUUUCUUGUGUUUUCGAACAUAGUUGCCCUCCAUUAGGUUUCUUAAUUUUUGGCUUGUUAACCUCAAUUCUCAUAGUGAUAAAGAUCUCAACUUCUUUAUUUAUUAGUUUAGUUUGAUCAUUCUCUUUUCAGUUUGUGCAAAUUGUUUGUGGGUGAUUAGUUUUCAAGUCUUUAUCUCUGAAGACAAUGCAAGAACCUGUUAGAGUUAGUCUUUGCUUGAUUUGAAUUGGUUGUGAGUUUGAAGUUGAGCUUAUGAAGUAAGAUUAAUUUCACUAGAAAAAGAUAGCAAAUCAGUUUUUCAUUUAUGUCUUAUUUUAGUUGCUGCAACAACCGCUAAAUCUUAUAAACUAGAUAAUAAUAACUUUGACUGACAUUUAGGUGAGGUUCUUGCUGAGAUCUGGAAGGAAAUAUGAACAAGCUUUCAAAGCUAGUUGCAUUUGUGGAAGUCGCUCAGUUUGAUUUAUUGGCAUAACACCAAAAGCCAGAUUCUCCUUCAGGUCUCUCUCUCAAAACUGACUAGCCUGGAAUUAAGGCCACAUGCUUUAGUUUAUAAUUCAUUUCAUAAUUAAGGCAACAAAUGUCACCUAAAUGCUACAUUUCUCCAGGUCACUAAAAUGCUUUAGUUUAUAAUUCAUUUUACAUCAUUCAUAUUAAUGUUUGGUUCAUAACAUAAUGUGAUUAUCUGAUAAGUAUAUGGUAACCAUUGUGUUCUUAUGAUGGGGCCAUUAUGAAGCUAAGUAAUUUAUUUGAAUUUUUCUUACCAUAUUAUUAGGAUGGUGUAUGGUAUGGGAAGAUUGAAUAUGACGAUUUCUUUUCUUCCCUGACAACUACUGUUGUUUACUAUAAUUUUCUUCACUGUCAUGCUAGUGCCAUCUAUUAUCAUCGCCCAUGAGUUUUAUGAUGCUUUACCAGUUCAUCAAUUUCAGAGGGCUUCUCGUGGCUGGUGUGAGAAAAUGGUGGAUGUUGCAGAAGAUUCAAAGUUCCGUUUUGUUCUUUCUUCACAGCCUACACCAGCAACGCUUUAUCUGGCAAAACGCUGCAAAUGGGCUGGAAUGGAAGAAAUAGCGAAGCUUGAUCAUGUUGAGGUUUGCCCUGCAUCAAUGGAGUUGACUCAAAGUAUUGCUGAUAGAAUUGCUUCUGAUGGGGGUUGUUCUCUUGUAAUUGAUUAUGGUCAUAAUGGAGUAGUCUCUGACAGUCUGCAGGUUUGGGAACAUCUAGUGAAAUGUUGCCUAAAGAGUCACUAAGUGAUCAAGCAUGGAAUACCAAGCAAUGAAGCAAAAUAUAUUUUCUUUCAUCAUCUAAAUUCAGCUAGCUAUGAAACUUUAUAGUAAUGACAUGUUACUUGGAUUCAAUAUUUGGUGGAUAUAUUGGAAUUUUAUUGAUGUAUCACAUUGCUUUUGGCGUAAAUAUUAAUCAUUGUUCAUUGGAUAAUGAUUUCAAGCACUAAUAUAGUAAACUUCACACAAUUAGUCACUGUUCAUUAGGUAAAAUGGAGCAUUAUUAUCAAUGCACAAAAUCCAGAAAAGAUGAUUAUCACACAACAGAAUUUCUAAUGUUAAUAAUGUUGUCUGAAGUAACAAUUUGGAUGUUCACACAAUGAAUCCUUAUAUAACAUGCAACGGUUCUAACAAACAUACGUUGUCUGAUUUACAAUAACAC